GGAAGCUAAGCAAAGCGAAGCGAAGAAGGAAGCUAAGCAAAAGCAAGCGAAGCUAAGAAAAAAAAAAAAAAAAAAAAAAAAAAAAAGCGAAGUAAGAAAGAAAGCAAAGCUAAGCAAGGAAGCUAAGCGAAAGCGAAGCGAAAGCAAGAGAAGCGAAGCUAAGCGAAGCGAUGCGAAGGCAUAGAGAGCGAAGCGAAGAGAAGCAUAGAGAGC